GUACAUCAGCGCCAUCUUGGAAAAAAAAGAUGCCAAUCAGCAUAUCCCCAUUUGCAUCUCUUUGGAGGUGGCAGGAAGCUGGAGUACCCAGAGAGAGCCCACGGGAAUAUGCACAGACUACACAGAAAGACCAACCACUGCACCACUGUCCUGCCUCCAUAGAAUCAUAAAUACAUGAAAUAUAACCACAUUCCAUUGUUGCUAAUAACAUGUGUUGGCCCUGUGAUGAGGUGGCGACUUGUCCAGGGUGCACCCCGCCUACCGCCCGAAUGCAGCUGAGAUAGUCUCCAGCACCCUCCGCGACCCCGAAAGGGACAAGCGGUAGAAAACGGAUCGAUGGAUGUUGACAAUAAGCACUACAGUGUUUCAACAAAAAUAUUUUAAAAUGCAUAACAUAAAAAUUAUGUAGGUAACAAACCAAUCACAAUGUAAAUAAUUUUGAUAAAAUAUAUUUAUAUACAAAUUAAUGAACUUACUUUUGUUCUUCAUAGCCUGCAGAGGAUGCGGAUGACGCAACUUCCUGUGGACCACGUGACUUGUGGAAUGGUCCACAUGUUUCAAAGGUUAGGAUAAGGGAUGUCUGAUAAUGGCUUUUUGCCGAUAUCCGAUAUUGUCCAACUCUUUAACUACCGAUACCGAUAUCAACCGAUAUAUACAGUCGUGGAAUUAACACAUUAUUAUGCCUAAUUUGGACAACCAGGUGUGGUGAAGAUAAGGUACUUUUAAAAAAAUGUAUAAAAUAAAAUAAGAUAAAUAAAUCAAAAACAUUUUCUUGAAUAAAAAAUAAUGUAAAACAAUAUAAAAACAGUUACAUAGAAACUAGUAAUUCAUGAAAAUUAGUAAGAUUAACUGUUAAAGGUUGGUAUUAUUAGUGGACCAGCAGCACGCACAAUUAUGUGUGCUUACGGACUGUAUCCCUUGCAGUCUGCAUUGAUCUAUAUUGAUAUAUAAUGUAGGAACCAGAAUAUUAAAAACAGAAAGAAACAACCCUUUUGUGUGAAUGAGUGUAAAUGGGGGAGGAAGGUUUUUUGGGUUGGUGCACUAAUUGUAAGUGUAUCUUGUGUUUUUUUAUGUUGAUUUAAUAAAAAAAACAAACAAAAAAAAAAACGAUGCCGAUAAUAAAAAAACGAUACCGAUAAUUUCCGAUAUUGCCGAUAUUAUCGGACAUCUCUAGUUAGGAUUUUUGUGUUAGGGUAACAUGACUGAGUGAAAACACAGAAACACCACUUAAGUUUGCUUGUAUUAUUAAAAAGCUAAAUAAAGUAUAGUUAGGUUCAAGGGUAAUACAAAUAUGUAAAAAUAUCAUAUUUAUAAAGGAUUUAAAUUAUUAUAUUUCAUGAAAAAGUUUAAUUUGUGAAACAGGGACAGACAACAAUCUACCAUGAUGACAGAUCAAGGUUUUGUUCCUCCCAGCUGCUAUAAUGUUACAAUAUUGUUUAUCAAGAAAACAAAAUAAUAAUAUACACCCAAAAGGGACAAGCGGUAGAAAUGGAUGGAUGGGUAUUAAUUAAUUGAUCCUACAAACAUGUUCUACAUUAAUUCAAUUUACUGAAGAAAACACUUUUUUGUGAGGGCGCCGCAGCUUCAGCUCCAUAUUUGCAAGGAAGGACGUCACUCUUUCGCUUUGAAUAUGCUGCUACGAUGACGUAAUUAGUGUGGAGGCUGGGGGGUGCGUCCAGGUAGGGGCAGCCAAUGGGAGCGCAGUAGGGCGUGUCCAACAGUGAAAGAUGUGGUGCACGCAAACACGCCCACGCACACGCCCACACACGCACGCGCACGCAUACACGAGGUCGACGUAAGAAUGAAUUGAACAGUUUGUGUUUUCUUCAGUGCGGAAUUGUUUGUCGUUGAGACGGAAGAGAACAGGUGAUUUUUCACGACGACAUUCUGAUAAACGUUCUAAAUGAACAACUUCGACGUCUUUAACCAUUGAACAAAAAGAUGGAAAAUGCUCACAUGAAAUCCACCUGGGAAGUUUUAGACUUCUUCGGUGUAAAUGAAAACACUGGACUGACUCCGGAACAAGUCAAAGUGCAUUUGGACAAAUAUGGACCAAAUGAGCUCCCAGCUGAAGAAGGAAAGUCUCUGUGGGAGUUGGUGGUGGAGCAGUUUGAAAACCUUCUCGUCAGGAUCCUGCUUUUUGCUGCCUGUAUCUCCUUCGUGUUGGCUCUGUUUGAGGAGGGUGAGGAGACGGUUACCGCCUUUGUUGAGCCUGUCGUUAUCCUCCUUAUCCUCAUUGCUAAUGCCGUCAUUGGUGUCUGGCAGGAGCGGAAUGCAGAGAACGCUAUUGAGGCUCUGAAAGAAUAUGAACCAGAAAUGGGAAAAGUGUACCGCAUGAACCGCAAGGCAGUGCAGAGAAUCAAAGCCAGGGACAUUGUACCAGGAGAUAUAGUUGAGGUAGCAGUUGGUGACAAGGUUCCUGCAGACAUCAGGUUGACGACCAUCAAGUCCACCACCUUACGAGUGGACCAGUCCAUCCUGACAGGGGAGUCUGUGUCAAUCAUCAAACACACUGACCCAGUUCCUGACCCCAGAGCUGUCAAUCAAGACAAGAAAAACAUGCUGUUUUCUGGCACCAACAUCGCCGCUGGUCGUGCUACAGGCGUUGUCGUGGCGACCAGUGUUGCCACCGAAAUUGGCAAAAUCCGCAAUCAGAUGGCGGCGACCGAGCAAGAAAAGACGCCACUGCAGCAGAAGCUGGAUGAGUUUAGCCAGCAGCUCUCCAAAGUCAUCUCUCUGAUCUGCGUGGCUGUGUGGAUGAUCAACAUCGGUCACUUUGGAGACCCUGUCCAUGGGGGCUCCUGGGCGCGUGGGGCUAUCUACUACUUUAAGAUUGCAGUGGCCUUGGCUGUGGCCGCCAUUCCUGAGGGUCUACCUGCUGUCAUCACCACCUGUCUUGCCCUCGGGACACGGCGCAUGGCCAAGAAGAAUGCCAUUGUGCGAAGUCUGCCGUCAGUGGAGACUCUUGGCUGCACUUCUGUCAUUUGCUCUGACAAGACGGGAACUCUAACCACCAACCAAAUGUCUGUUUGCAGGAUGUUCAUUGCCGACAAAGUGCAGGAUUCAAACUGCACCUUACACGAGUUCUCCAUAACUGGAUCCACGUAUGCUCCUGAAGGCCAAAUAUUGAAAGGAGACAAGUCAGUCCAUUGUGGAGACUAUGAUGGACUUUUGGAGUUGGCCACUGUGUGUUCAAUGUGCAAUGACUCCUCACUGGAUUACAACGAGGGCAAAGGUGUGUAUGAGAAAGUAGGAGAAGCCACAGAAACUGCUCUAACAACCUUGGUUGAAAAGAUGAAUGUCUUCAGAACUGAUUUGUCAGGACUCAGCAAGGUGGAGCGUGCCGGGGCUUGCAAUUCGGUGAUCAAGCAGCUAAUGAAAAAAGAGUUCACCUUGGAGUUCUCUCGUGACCGCAAGUCCAUGUCAGUGUACUGCACACCAGUCAAAGCAGGCUCAGGGACCAAGAUGUUCAUUAAGGGUGCUCCAGAGAGCGUGCUCGAACGUUGUCAAUACCUGCGGGUGGGAACUGGGAAGGUGGCACUGACAUCAGCCUUACGUGACCAGCUCCUAUUGAAGGUCCGUGAGUGGAGCACGGGGCGGGACACCCUGCGCUGCCUGGCCCUGGCCACACAUGACAACCCACCACUUAAAGAACAAAUGGCCUUGGAGAAUUCCAGCAAGUUUAUAGAGUAUGAGCUGGGCCUCACAUUCAUUGGAUGUGUGGGUAUGCUGGACCCACCCAGAAAGGAGGUCACAGGCUCGGUGAAACUGUGCAACAAGGCAGGUAUCCGUGUCAUCAUGAUCACAGGAGACAACAAAGGUACAGCGGUGGCCAUCUGCAGACGCGUCGGCAUCUUUGGUGAGAAGGAGGACGUGAAAGGGAAGGCCUACACCGGCCGCGAGUUUGAUGAUCUCUCACCAGAUGCCCAGAAAGAAGCCGUCAAACAUGCGAGAUGUUUUGCACGUGUGGAACCAGCUCACAAGUCAAAGAUUGUGGGAUACCUGCAGUCCUUCGAUGAAAUUACUGCCAUGACUGGAGAUGGUGUGAAUGACGCCCCCGCCCUGAAAAAAGCAGAAAUCGGCAUCGCCAUGGGCUCUGGCACAGCAGUGGCCAAAUCGGCAUCAGAGAUGGUUCUUUCUGAUGAUAACUUCUCCACCAUUGUGUCUGCUGUGGAGGAGGGCAGAGCCAUCUACAACAACAUGAAGCAGUUCAUCAGAUAUCUGAUCUCUUCCAACGUGGGGGAGGUGGUAUGCAUCUUCUUGACGGCCAUCCUGGGUCUCCCAGAGGCCCUCAUACCUGUCCAGUUGUUGUGGGUCAACCUGGUGACUGACGGCUUGCCUGCCACCGCCCUGGGCUUCAACCCUCCAGAUUUAGACAUUAUGGAUAAACCUCCACGUAAUCCAAAAGAACCUCUCAUCUCGGGGUGGCUUUUCCUCCGCUACCUGGCCAUUGGAGGAUACGUGGGUUUUGGAACAGUGACUGCUGCCACAUGGUGGUACCUGUUUGAUGACCAGGGGCCACAGGUGUCCUUCUAUCAACUGAGACACUUCAUGCAGUGCACUGAGGACAACCCAGUGUUCAAAGGCAUAGAUUGUGACGUCUUUGAAUCCCGCUAUCCCACCACCAUGGCCUUGUCUGUGCUUGUCACCAUCGAAAUGUUUAACGCCCUCAACAGUUUGUCAGAGAACCAGUCCCUGGUCAGAAUGCCUCCCUGGGUCAACAUUUGGCUGUUGGGAGCGAUUGUCCUUUCUCUUUCCCUGCACUUCCUAAUCCUUUAUGUUGAUCCUCUGCCACUGAUCUUCCAAGUGACCCCACUAUGUUGGUAUCAGUGGGUUGUGGUCCUGAAGAUUUCCAUCCCAGUCAUUCUACUUGAUGAGGCGUUGAAGUAUAUUUCCCGGCACCAUCUUGAUGCCUAAAUCCUUCUUUGCGAAGGUGAUGAUGACAAAAAGUACCGCAGAAGACGGCAGAACAACUGAAAAAGGAAUCCCACUCAAACUCCCCCUGGCAACAAGCCCCUUACCUUUACAAACGAUGCACCACAACUUUAAAAUAGAUCAGCAAGAAAGAGAAGAGUAAGAAAAGUCAGCAAAAAACGUUUUGGGGAUUGUGUGUGUGUGUGUGUGUGUGUGUGUGCGUGCGUGUGCGUGCGUGUGGUGGUGGUGGGUUGGGCAGGGCGGGGCGGGUGCUAUGAGCACAACUAUUUGAGUGCGAUUGCAUAAUCUGCUGAUACUGCCAGAGUUUCAGCUAUUUACAUUCGACGAGUGUGAUCCCACUUCUGACACCAAGCAUCUUCAUCAUCACGCUUCGUCUUUUCUCUUGCCACAAAACAAUUUCAUGCAAAACUGGAUGAUCUUUUGCCGUCCGUCUCUGUUGGUGCUGAAAUGGACCUACUCAAAGUUCAAAUAUUUAAUUUAAUUUAAUUUAUUUACAGAAACACUGUGGCCACAUAUACUGUACACAAAAUAUAUACAUGAAAAAAAAGGGCUAAAUUUGCCAGUACCGUAAUUAUUAUUAUUUAAUAUUUAUGUACUGAUCAUACACCACAGCUGAGUACAACAUACAUUCAUACUGUAUAUACAGUAUGUAUAUGCUAUUUUCAUACAGUUUAUACAGUAUGUAAUACUUUCAUAAAGUCUACACAGUGUACCAUAAUAUACAUUUCCAGUCUCACAGAUUACAAAAAAAACCUAAAAACAAUAACUAAAUAUAACAUUUGUAUUGUAAUUUAAUGACAAUAUGACACAAAGUAAUUGUUUUCUCCCAUGAAAACUUCAAUCAAUGAUGACAGAUUAAUUUCAAAUUACAAUAUUUGUUGUUCAUAAUGAGUGAAGGAUUGGCGAGCAGGUUGUCUCAGAAGGCACACAAUAAAGUAAGUUUAGUAUGAAUAUUUCAUCUAUUUGUAUGUAUGAAUAAUUGUAACUCAAAAAGUUUUAGACCCAAGUUUGAUUUUCUUGCGAUUUAGUACUUUGAUUUCUUGCUCUGCCUGCUUUCUAAGCGUUUUAAAAAUUCAUAUUUGACAGUAAACUGAUACAGUAAAUUGUGUUACUGUAAAUGAAUGUUUUACUGUAAAAUAUGUGACAGUAAAUAAUUGUACAUUAAAAUAUUUUACAGCAAAAUAUGUUACAGUAAGAUUAUGUUACAGUAAAAUAUGACACAGUCAAACUAUUUCACACUAAAUUCAUGUAUUGGACUCAAACGAACAUGUCUUUGAAGUAUUUUUUUUUUUGGCUAUUUUUUGUCUGCUUUCUUAGCGAUUUAAUUUUUUGUAUGAGUUAAGUUAAAAACAUUGUCAAAGACUAAACAAAACUUAAAUUUUAAUGCUUUAGCUGCAAGAAAAAAUGAAAUGAAGUUUUCCUUUCCUGGUUGUUAAUAUCAUCAUUGGUAUAUGAGAAUUAUUUACUACUGAACAUGCAAUACUGUACAAAAGAUGAAUAUAUGAUUGCAUGAAAUAAUAUUUAUAUAAUAUUACUGUAAUAACCACAAUAGAGUUUUUUCUUUUUCCUUUCAGCACGUUUUGACCUUUUUUGUAGAUUAUUAAUUUGUGUUUGGUUUUCUUGGGUUUGUUUCUGACUGUGGCAAUAAUAUGUUGCAAGGAUUAUGAUUAUUAAUAUCUGCACUCAUAUAUUCUGGCUGAUGAAGUUUUUUUUUUUUAUAAAGAAAUUUAAUUGGAUGCUUUCAAUCAGACUGUCCUCGUGGUAUUUUUUGCAUCAUAAUAUAUAUGUGAAUAUUUCCUGAGUUCAUAUCAAUAACACCACUACCAACAAGAGUCUCAAGGUUGUAUUGUCUCUAGAGCUUGACAAAAAAAUCUGUGAAAAAUAAUAUUUUCUUGUUAAUAUUGUUUUGCUUAUUAUCAAGUUUGGACAGCAUUUUAUAAAUGAUAAUGACAUGGAAAUAAAGAUUAUUUAUCUUGUUAUUUA